UCGGAUUUCCAUUUGCAGGGCGUCUUAAGUAUCGGUGUUAACGACAUAUUCCUGAUGUUACCUGUCGUUUAAUCAGCGGGCCCAUCUUAUUCCCAACUUAUAGGUCUACCACCACCUUGACCUCUCUCUGUGUCCACCAUGGCCGAUACCGCCAUACCAGUUAUCAUAGGUCUCCCCCAGCCCUUUGGGGUGUUCUUGAUUGCCAUCUGGAUAUCACUGGUAUUGUUCGGAAUCAUCGUGGUCCAGACAUGGAACUACUUCAGUUCGUUUCCCGACGAUCCUCUCUGGCAGCGCGUCUACGUCGGAUCCAUCUUUACGGUUGAUUUCCUGUGCUCGUUCUUUAUCCUUUGGUGGAUGUAUGACCUGCUGAUCAACGACUGGGGCAACAUUGAACCAUACAAUCUUAUCCACUGGGCUCUCAUAACAGAUCCUCUAUUCGAGGGCCUCAUUGGACCCAUGGUACAGGCGUACUACGCAUGGAGAAUUCAUGUGAUAUCUGGGACAUGGUGGUUGAGUGGGCUCGUCAUGUUAUGCUCCCUCAUGGCAGUCGGCGGUGGACUUGCUGGUACUAACGCUGCGGCCACGUUGAAGACCUUCCAAAACCUUGCCGAAGCGAAGGUUGUUGUCAUAUUCUGGCUCCUGCCGCCGGCCGUCGCAGAUAUCAUCAUCGCCUUCUCACUCACGUACUAUCUGCGCCAACACAAAGGAAGAUUCGAGGCGAGUGACAAGGUCUUGGAUAGGAUCAUUCGCAUGACCGUCCAAAAUGGUCUCUUGACAGCUGUUAUUGCCGUUAUCGACAUCAUUAUGUACUUCACAGUUACCACUCCUUACCACAUUGCCUUCACAUUCAUUUUGCCUAAACUCUACGCCAACACGGUACUCUCGUCAUUGAACUCCCGUACUUCGAUUCGGCGCGACCUCAGCAACCGAUCCGAUGGUCAUGGCCUGUCUUCGGGUGGCGUCUCUGCACUACAUCGCACUCAAGCAUCCGGAGUCAUUGUUACGGUCGAGACUCAUGAAAUGCAAGAUACUGUGAAGCGCAACGUGGAAUGGGACCACACAUCUGCAGAUACCAAGGUCUGAAAGGACUUAUCACCUUUUCGGAAUGCCAGGAUACCAAUGUCACGGUGCAUCUCGUUAAAAAAAGAAUGUUGUACUUCACUUUAGACUCUGGAAGGUGGUCCUGUGGGUGGGCUGGGCUGGAUAAAGGGAAUGCCCAAUUUGUAGACUUCCCUGAUUUCGGCCCUUGUUGAUUUAUCACUAGUUCCUGAACAUUUUCUCUUCACAUAUAUAUGUGUACGCAAAAUGACUUGUCUUGUAUAAACUCCUUGCUAUCUUGUUGCUCCAUGUACACGCUACGGUCGUUAUUGUAUUUAUGGUGGUUGAUUCCAAUACCAUACAUCAUUUGGAAGCGCUGGCGUUCAAUUCGUAUCGAAACC